AUGAUGAUAUAUUUAACGUUUGUUUAUUUUACGUACUACGGUGUUAAUGGUUUUAUCAACAAGACUGAAGAUGUUGUAAUAGAAUAUACGAGCCCCCUAGAGUGUAGUGAGACUAGUUUCUUUGAUACAAGUAAUUUUUCAUGUGAAAAGUGUCCAUAUAAUUUAAUAUCAUCAGAAAAUCGAUUAGAAUGUAUUUGUGAUAAAAAUAGUCGGUAUACUAAAACAAAUAGUGGAGAGACUGUCUGUGAAUCAUGUGAAGAUCAAAGUAUUCCAACCGCUGAUGCCUUUGAUUGUAUUUAUUGUCAAGAUAACAGUACAUGUCAAUGUUUAGACAAUGAAAUGAAAAUUGAAAGACACUACAAUGGAACUGUACUAGAUUUUAUAAAAUGCCUUCCAUGUCCAGACAAUUCAUAUCUUUCAAUUGAUGGUAGUAAAUGUCUUCCUUGUACUACAAUUCCAACAAACAAUGAUAAUAAUGGAGGUUCUUCAGUUUUGCAUCAACGAAUUCAGAACUACUGUUUGCAAUCUAAUUUGUCGUCUCUUUGGACCAACGAUAAACAUUCAUACGAAAUUAAACUGUUACAUCAGCCAGUGGACAGUUAUUAUCUUAGAGCUGAAUUACUUCUAGCUGUGAAACUUUGCGAAAAUAAUAAUAAAAAAUCAUGUGAACAUUUAGCUCAUAUGUGUUUGUUAACUCUCCAAAUGAAUAGUAUUCCAUGUCAACUGCUCAGUAAUGUUACAUUAAUACAAAAUUAUUUUUAUCAAGUUGGAUCAGCAUCAAUGGUUUUAAGUAAUCCUAAGGUUCCAUCAACCUAUACAUUAUUAACUACUAGUCCUCAUAAUAAAUUCCAUUUUGCUGUAGCCACAUACAGCCUAGAUGGGGAAUAUAAAUCAUUAGAAGAUUGGAUACCAUUUUGUUCUUCUUUCAAUAAUAUCCGUUAUGGUGUAAAUACUGUAAAAAAAUGCAAAGUAUCCGCUCAAGAUUUAUUUAAUUCUAAAGUAAAAUUUUUAGUUCCUUAUUUAUCUUUCUAUGAUAGUAGCGAUAAAAGAAAACUUUUAUAUGAAUUGCCAGUUUUGAUAAAAAAUAUUAAUAAUAAGGUAAAAAAUAUAUCUCACUGGCAACUAUCAAAAAGAUUUUUUACGAUUGACAAUAUUAGUGGUUUUAAAGCUCUUUCAAGCUCAGAAAACUCAAUAUUUGUGAAAGCAACCCAACCUAGUGCAUUCCGCUAUAUAAAAUCGAUCAAUAUUCAGAUAACGAUGCAAAAACGAGAAAACCCAGGCAAAAUAUUCCCACCAUUGAUUAUCAUUGAAUAUGAUGAGCUCAAUUAUCAGCAGAUUCUGAAUGAUUCGGAAAUAUCAAUUGAUUACAAAGUUAUCUUUAGUUUUGGUGAUAAGGAAUCAAAUUUAAUUAUUGAGAUUAUUAUUGGAGUCUUCAGUGGGUUAGCAUUAAUACCUGGAGCUUUGAAAACAUGGAGCUAUUGCAGAAAAAAUAGAAAUAAUGUAUGGAUUUUAUCUAGGAUUUCAUCAUUCAUGAUAAACUAUAUUGGAGUUAUUGGAAAUGUUUUUCUAUUGAUUUCCAUUUGUUCAUGUAUUUAUUAUUUUAUUUUUUACAAAGGACAAACAGUAUUGCAUAUUUUGCUACCCAAUGAUGAGUUUGAAUUCAUCAUAAUGAUUAUAACUAUGAUUGCGUUUGGAGGAAAAGUUGUAGAAAUAUUAUCACUUCUGUACCAUCACCGGCGACUGAACAUUUUCUUUAUUGAUUGGGAACAGUCACGAAGUAUUUUAUUUCCUCUUCAAUACGACCCAUCACAUACAUCAUUAAGGAAAACUCAUAAAAAAAAGCUACGUAAAGAAAAAUGUGACUUGUCUGGAACGAUUUCAGAAAUUGUAGAUAAAAAACAAAAAGAAAGAACUUCCUCUAAGACUAAUCAAGCUGAUCCUGUUAGACGUAAAACAAAAAGUGAGGAUUCUAAUCGUCGUAAAAAAUCAUCAGCCCGCUCUGAAAUCAAUUUUUCAACAGAAGAUACCAAAAAUGAUGUUGCCCAAGACAAAUGGAUUGUUAGCAUUUGGAGAACUUAUUUUGUUGCUAGUCAAUGGCUUCGUAUAAAAACGAAAAGACGAACAAGUAUUUGGUUUCAAAUCAUUGGAACAAUAUUUUUUCUUGAAGUAAUCGGAUUAAAAUAUUGGACUUUAGCAGUACCAGAAUUAACAUUACGAGAAAAUAAUUCAGUGAGAAAAAGUUUUACACUGCAAUAUGGUGUAGGCGUGAUAAUCUACGUACUUAUUUAUGUAUUCCAAUUUUUAUUAUCAACUUUAUAUGAGAGAUAUGUUAAAAAUAGCCUCCAGGAAUUUGUUGAUUUAUGCUCAGUGGCAAACAUUAGUUUAUUUAUUUUUUCUCAUGAUUAUUACGGUUAUUACAUUCAUGGCAGAUCAGUUCACGGUUUUGCUGAUACUGACCUUUUAUCAUUAAUUAACGAUUUGAGAAAAGAGGAACAUAAUUUGUGUGCUCACAGAGGGUUGAUUCCUGGAACAACUGAGCAAACGUUCAUUGUGUGCAUGUCCAGACAAUUUCGUUUGUUUUACAACUCUAUAUUGAACACUGAGAGCUUCAGUCUUAAAAAUUUAUCUAGACGUCAUUUUUUAUCCGUGCCAAUAUGGGAAGAGCGCUGGGAAAUUUAUUUGAAAUUGCGUAAAUUUCUAUGUGGAUUUUUAGAUCAUUGUUUUGAAGAAGUUGACUAUACAGUAAGAGAGAGAACUCUAGUAGAAAAAUUGUGCAAUAUCGAAUUUUUUGAUACAGAGAAAUCAAUAUUUUAUAUCGAUGAUAAUUAUUCUUUUGCUACCACUAUUUUUCAUGGAAACGAAUGGACAUUGGCAACAUUUGAACUAUCAGUCUUUGUAUUUAUACUCGCAUUGAACUGUAAUUACGUAUUAUCUGCAAUAUUUACCAUUUUACUAUCACAUGUGGUCACGUUUUUUGCUCGUUUUGGUCAAAAUAAAAAUUUGGCAAAAAAGACCUUAAUUGAUAAACGUUUUCUCAUGUAA